AUGGUUCAGAUCAUAAAGGGCUUUCUGGGGAUUUCUGGAAUAUUCAAUUUUCCAGACACCUACAAAUCCGGCAACAUUCAAUUGCUGGCCGACGCCUAUCGGGCAAUUCAGGGCCCCUGCCCAUUGGCGGAGAGCGCAUCUCUGGAAGCGCUGUCAGAGCACAAAAUGGUUGGCAUUUUAAUGAUUAACUUUUCCACUAGUUACCGCCGUGCAGUCUCUUGCUAA